AUGUCAGACACGAGCAAAAGAAUUAAGGAGCGGGGAAGCGUGACCUUCACCCAGCAGCAGCAGGACGACGGGGAGGAGGAGGAGGAAGUGGAGGAAGGCACCUCGGACGAAGAGCCCCCAUUACCGCCGCCCUCACAGCAACCCCGAGCACGUCGAGGGUGGAGGGGGGUCAAUGGCGGGCUGGAGCCUCCCCAGCACCAGGCGGUGAAAACCCAGGGAGAAACCUACGGCUGCCACUCGCCCUUGCCAGUGGUGGGCAAUGUGUUCAUUGAUGGAAGCCCUUCUUUGAAACGAACAACUAUGAUGAGAGAAAAGGGAAGACGGCAAGCUAUCAGAGGCCCAGCCUUUAUGUUUAACGACAGGGGCACAAGCCUCACAGCUGAGGAAGAGCGUUUUUUGGAUGCUGCAGAAUAUGGGAACAUUCCUGUGGUGCGCAAAAUGUUGGAAGAGUCAAAAACAUUAAAUGUGAAUUGCGUUGACUACAUGGGCCAAAAUGCCUUGCAGCUUGCUGUAGGGAAUGAACAUCUUGAAGUGACAGAACUUUUGUUAAAAAAGGAGAAUCUGGCACGAAUUGGAGAUGCUCUGUUACUUGCAAUAAGCAAAGGAUAUAUCCGGAUUGUGGAAGCAAUCUUGAAUCAUCCUGGGUUUGCAGCUAGUAAGCGGCUGACUCUGAGCCCCUGUGAGCAGGAACUCCAAGACGAUGACUUUUAUUCUUAUGAUGAAGAUGGCACCCGCUUCUCCCCAGACAUCACACCCAUCAUUUUAGCUGCUCAUUGUCAGAAGUAUGAAGUGGUACACAUGCUGUUAAUGAAAGGGGCAAGGAUAGAGAGGCCCCAUGAUUAUUUCUGUAAGUGCAAUGAUUGCACUGAGAAACAGAAGAUUGAUUCUUUUAGUCAUUCUAGAUCAAGAAUAAAUGCCUACAAAGGGUUGGCCAGUCCAGCCUAUCUGUCCUUGUCUAGUGAAGAUCCAGUCCUCACUGCUCUAGAACUUAGCAAUGAGCUUGCCAAACUGGCUAAUAUUGAAAAAGAAUUCAAAAAUGAUUACCGUAAGUUGUCUAUGCAAUGCAAGGACUUUGUUGUGGGCGUCCUUGAUCUCUGUCGGGAUUCUGAAGAGGUGGAAGCCAUUCUGAAUGGAGAUUUGGAAGCAGAGCCAGUUGAAAUUCAGAGGCACAGAGCUUCACUGAGUCGUGUCAAACUGGCAAUUAAAUACGAAGUCAAAAAGUUUGUAGCCCACCCUAACUGUCAGCAACAGCUGUUGACCAUCUGGUAUGAAAACCUUUCAGGAUUACGGGAACAGAUCAUAGCUAUCAAGUGUCUAGUUGUGCUGGUUGUUGCACUGGGCCUUCCAUUUCUUGCUACAGGAUACUGGAUUGCACCAUGUAGCAGGCUUGGGAAAAUUCUCCGGAGUCCAUUUAUGAAAUUUGUGGCACAUGCGGCCUCCUUCAUUAUUUUCUUGGGACUACUAGUGUUUAAUGCUUCAGAUAGAUUUGAAGGCAUCUCAGUAUUACCAAAUGAAACGGUUAUUGAUUACCCAAAACAGAUCUUUCGAGUUAAGACAACUCAGUUCACUUGGACAGAGAUGCUGAUAAUGAUAUGGGUGCUUGGUAUGAUGUGGUCUGAGUGUAAAGAGCUCUGGCUAGAAGGACCCCGGGAAUAUAUUCUGCAGCUUUGGAAUGUUCUUGAUUUUGGAAUGUUAUCUAUUUUUAUUGCUGCAUUCACGGCUAGACUGUUGGCCUUUUUACAAGCUACAAAAGCACAAAACUAUGUGGACAAAUAUAUCCAGGAGACAGAUCUCUCUGUAGUCACCCUUCCACCAGAUAUAGAGUAUUUUACUUAUGCUAGAGAUAAAUGGCUUCCAUCUGAUCCACAAAUCAUAUCAGAAGGUCUUUAUGCAAUUGCUGUUGUGCUUAGUUUCUCUCGGAUUGCUUAUAUUUUACCUGCAAAUGAGAGUUUUGGACCACUGCAGAUUUCACUUGGAAGAACUGUUAAAGACAUUUUCAAGUUUAUGGUUCUAUUUAUUAUGGUAUUUCUUGCUUUUAUGAUUGGGAUGUUCAUACUGUACUCUUACUAUCUUGGAGCCAAAGUAAAUGCAGCAUUUACUACUGUUGAAGAAAGCUUUAAGACUUUAUUUUGGUCAAUAUUUGGCUUAUCAGAAGUUACAUCAGUUGUCCUCAAAUAUGAUCAUAAGUUCAUCGAAAAUAUUGGUUAUGUGUUAUAUGGAAUAUACAAUGUAACAAUGGUUGUGGUUUUACUCAACAUGCUGAUUGCAAUGAUUAACAGUUCAUACCAAGAAAUAGAGGACGACAGUGAUGUGGAGUGGAAAUUUGCUCGUUCCAAACUCUGGUUAUCAUACUUUGAUGAUGGAAAAACCCUACCACCCCCAUUCAGUCUUGUACCAAGUCCCAAAUCAUUCUUUUAUUUCUUCAUGAAGAUCAUUAAAUUAUUGAGGUGCAGAAGGAAAAGAUUACAGAAAGACAUGGAAAUGGGAAUAGGUAACUCAAAAUCCAGGCUAAAUCUCUUUUCUCAAUCCAACUCAAGAGUUUUUGAAUCACACAGUUUUAACAGCAUUCUCAAUCAACCUUCACGCUAUCAGCAAAUCAUGAAGAGACUUAUAAAACGUUAUGUUUUGAAAGCCCAGGUAGACAAGGAAAAUGAUGAAGUCAAUGAAGGUGAAUUAAAGGAAAUUAAACAAGAUAUUUCUAGUCUUCGCUAUGAACUUUUGGAAGACAAAUCUCAAGCAACAGAGGAAUUAGCAAUUCUCAUACAUAAAUUAAGUGAAAAACUCAACCCAAAUAUAUCAAGAUGUGAAUGAUCCCAAAUGACAUUUUCAAGAUUAUUACCUGGAUUUUGACUAUAGCACAAGCAUUGGCAAUAAUAUUUCUGAGUGAUUCAUACUUGAAAAAUAUGUAAAUUUUUAGUAAUAAAUGACUUUAUGUACAGUUUAAUUUGAAAUACAGUCUUAGAAGAUUUUAUGAAUUUACACACAAAUUUAUGUUUAUUUAAGGUAUAAAACAUAUUUUGAAUUUAUUUAAUAUAGUACAAUUGUACCUAAAUAAUUUUACAUUGCUAAUAGUUCUAUUAGUAAAAUGAAUAAUAUUUGUAGCAAAUGAAAAAAAUUAAUACUGUAGAUUUAAACUUUAGAAUUAUACUGCAUGUCUGUUCUCAUCUUAUUGCUAUGAACAAUUUUUAUAAGAUACAAUACCAAAAGUUCAGCCGCUCAGGAGGGAUUACUUGAAAUGAAUUAUCAAGAGUUAAGCAUGAUCAUUUUAAAGAUAUAAUCUUUCUAAAAUUAAUGGAUUGUUUCAGGAAAUAGUAGUGCCUAGAAUAGAUCCACUGAAAUUAUCUAGAAUUGCUUUGAAUUUCACUGAUUUCAGUGAGUCCAUUGUAAUGUCAGAUCUUAUGCAUGCUUACUUAGAAGUAGGCCAUUAAGUUUAAUAGUUUGUACUACUAUGUACAGAACUGAAAAUGUUUUAACUACUUAUCCAGGGCUACUAUGAAAGCUAGUUUGGUGUGGUGGUUAGAACAUCAGGCUAGAAACUGGGAAAUUAAGUUUAGUCCCACUUUAGGCACAAAGCCUGGUGAGUGAACUUGGGCCUGUCACUUUCUCUGAGACUUAGGAAGGACUUUUUUUCCAAUUUCUGGAAAAAAAGCAUGCCACUUGUGCAGGCCGUUUCUCUGAGAAUCAAACACACUUCAAGAAAGGAAGGGGGAAAAAUCUGAGUUGCAAAAAUCUGAAUGAUUACAAGAUGGCAAGAAAAAGAUACUGAAAAUCUUAAGUGCUUACAGCCCAGAUCUGGUACCUCUAGCUUAAUUUCACUGAAUCAUGUCCACUUACUUUCUUUUUUUUGAGAAAGCUCAAAGCUAUGCCAUGGGAACUGAAUGUCUGAUAGUGAAGAUAAAAAUGUAAUUAUAAUAUUAAUAAUGCUUUUACAUUUAUCUCAUAUGUUUUGUAUCAUAUUUGCUUUCAGAAUAUGAAAUAAGUUUGCUGUUGUUUUUUACUUCUAGUUAAUGCAAACUGUCAAACAUUAAUAUUUUUUUUAAUGCCAGAUCCUAUGCAGGGCUGAAGUUUUGUUACAUUGUUCUAAAUAAUGCCUCUGAUGCUUACUUGUUAAAUAAAAUAUUCAUAUUUUAUGGACUUAUAUUGUUCUUGUAUUUUUAUCUGUGGGCAGGGGAUAGAAGAGAAAUCCUGUUCAUUUAAAUAAGCAACAGGCUACAGUUCCAUAUUCUAAAACUGUUAUACAAAUUUGAUAACGCAGGAUUUUAUUUUAUAUACCAGUAUAUUUAUCAUUUGCAAAGCCAAGCAAUAUUUAAUCUUUAUUAAGCUGGCAAGCAUAUGUAUUAAUAAAUCACUAUUAAGCUGUAAAUUACUUUAAAGGAAUUUUUAAAAAAUGUUUUGGAGAUUUUUCCUGAAUACUGUUAAGAGGUCACUAUCUAGAUUUUGAUAAAUGUCUUUGUAGAGAUAGUCCUCGUCCUACAACCACAACUCAAUCCAAAAUUGAUAUUGCCAAGUGAAACAUUUAACAACUGAAUUUGGCUCAUUUUCUAACCUUUCUCGCCACAGUCAUUAAGUGAAUCACUAAAGUUAAGUUAAUAGCAGGGUUGCUAAGUCAAUCUGGCUUUCCCAUUGACUGCUUGUAAGAAGUUGCAACAGGAGUUCCAUAAUCCUGGGACAUUG